AUGGCCUCUACACGAGCGGAGGCCCCAGGCGCGGUAGCAUCAUCGUCGCUCGCGUCGUCCUCGUCUUCGCCACUCAACCUAGAUACGGCCAAACGCCUUCAAUCCCUCCUGGAGAGUACAGACUUCAACAUUGUCGAGGCGAAGACCCGAUAUAAGUCGAAACCCACCGAUGUGUUGGAGGACUUCAUGCUUGGAGGCGGAGCAGUGCCCGGAGAAGGUGGCCCGGCAUUGAAGUCACCGAAAGCGUUGGCGGGAGAUGUCGCUGCUCAGAUGUCUUUCCUCCGUAAACUGAAAUUUCAAUACCUCGAACAACACGCCAAAGACAAAUACAUCAAGAUCAUCGUCAAUGACGAAGCACCACUGAUCACCGCUGACGACAACGAAGAGCUGAAGGCCAGCAACGACAAGAAGAAGGCCGCAUUGAAGGCCGCGAAGGCGCGAUUAGCAGAGAGACAUGCAGAUGUUCGGAGUUUUGCGCCCUUGGUUGAGGAUGACUACAACAAAGCUCGUGCUAUGACAGCAGAAGCUACGAACCUCACCCAGGCCAUCCUCGAUGCCCGGCUCAAACUUACGCGUAUCAAGCAAGCUCACCCGCCACCCCGUCUCACGAUCACCACGGCCGAACGCCACCUCGAAGAGCAAGAAGAGGAAAUGCAGAAGCUAGACGAUGAACUAGCCGAGGCCAACGAGAAGGUGGCUAGUGUCAAGGAAGGUGUCAAGGAUGGAACGAGAGAUGUGGAGAGGUUGAGGGCGGAGAGGGCUGAGGUCGAGAGGGAAGUGCGGGUUGGGAGGAGGGAAGGGAGCGAUGGGCGGGUCGUGGGGCGGCAUGAUUGGUUUCGAGCCCUUUUGGUCCUUAAGCACAAGCUCACGGACCUGCACUCCUUCACACCCGUGUCCGACAACGAGGUGCAUCUCACAUACCACCUCUCGCCGCCAUCCUCGCCGAAACGACCACGAGAGGUCACUAUCGUUCUCCUUUUCGUACCAAACUCUCGACAACUUGCCGAAGCUCGGAUCGAGGGUCUGCCGUCCCAGGACGAAUGUACAGAGACGAUUGCGGCACAUGUGCAGGCGAAUGAUCCGGCAGGUUUGGUCUGGACGUUGUUGGCGAAGGCCAGGGAGGAUGUGGCGAGACUGUAGGAGUCGCAGCUUCUACCAUGCCUGUGUUUGUGAGGGUCGAUCAUGAUUGUCUUGUAAGUUACGC